AUAAGAAUAUCCUAAAAUGCGCGUGGUGCGGAUGAGCCUAGUUGGCACAUGCGCAAUCUCCACUCGGAGAUCUACCACCAAGAACACAACCGAGUUGUUGAGACCAAAACCUCUCUCCUUUCUUCCUCAAUCAUUUGUGGUUCAUACACCAUUUAGGGUUAGGGCUUGUUUGGGUUUGCAUCUCUGCUGCGCAUUUCCAAGAAAACACUCUUAUCUAGUUCGCCUUGUUGAGGAGGUACCAUCCAUGUUGAACAACGGUGGAGGCCGAUUCUAUUGGGUUCGAAACGAGACCGCCGAAAAGGUCGAAGGAAUCGUCGUUAUCUUCGCUUGGGUUUCGAUUAACGAGAGAGAGUUGAAGGAUUACGUCAAUCUUUAUUCAUCGCUCGGAUGGAACUCGCUCGUGUGUCUAGCCGAUUUUCUCAAUCCAUUCUUUCCUGAGAGGGCCAUGUCGCUAGCAUUUGUUGUUCUCACUGAGCUUGUUGAGGAGCUAAGGAUUAGGCCAUGUCCUUUAGUCCUUGCAGCCUUUUCUGGUGGUUCAAAUGCUUGCAUGUUCAAGUUUUUUCAGAUUAUUGAGGGCACAUGUGAAGCACAGCUCAAUCUGGAUGAUAGUCGUUUGGUGAAGAACUGCAUCUCCGCUCACAUAUAUGAUUCUGGUCCAGUCAAUUUUACCGGUGACUUUGGUGCCCGUUUUGCUCUACACCCCACUGUUUUCAGAAUGCCUGGUUCAGCCAAACUAGUGUCAUUGGUUGCAAAAGGUGUUGCUUCUGGUCUGGAUGCCCUAUUUCUCACAAGUUUUGGAUCCCAGGGUACUGAUGAUUGGGAGGCUCUCUACUCCUCAGUUAGUUUGGGGGCCCCAUUUCUCAUUCUAUGCUCAGAAAGUGACGAUCUUGCUCCAAUUUCAGUCAUUUGCAAUUUUGCUCAGCGUUUACAAGAUCUCGGGGGAGUUGUAAAACUUGUGAAAUGGAAUAGCUCUCCUCAUGUAGGUCAUUACAAGCAUUAUCCAAUCCAAUACAGGGCUGCUGUGACUGAGCUGCUUGAGCAGGCAGUUUCAGUUUAUUCCCAAAAAAUCAAACAACUUGGAGAAAGAGCUGGCAUGGAGGGCAUGCAUGAUGAUGAGAUAGCCGAGUUAAUAUGCAACCUCCAGAAUGUGGCAGGUAACUCAAACCAGAGCUUCCGAAGAGUUGCACGUGGGCCAGAUGAUCACUUCUUCUUGCCAAGUUCAUCCGAUUAUAACCACGGGGGAGAGAUUGUGCCUUCACAAGGGGAGCAAAAAGAACGAACAGUUAAUUUGGCAAAUCCUCCCAGUAUUAAUGCACACAGCAUUCUUGGUCAAAUCCUCUUUGAUGCAUGUGUUCCCAAGAACAUUGAAGGCUGGGAUAUCAAAUUUUCUGGUGGGCGUAAGCAUUCAACUUUAAAAGCCAUCAAAUGCAUUCGCCGCUCGAGAUUAUAAGACCUUCUCAGAUGAUCAUGGAGAAGCUCUUAGCUAUCAGUUGGCAAGGAUGGGCUAUAUCAUAUAUGCUUCUUUGCACUUUUCGACAGAAGUAUAGUCUCAAACUGCCAAAGAAGAUGGAAAAAGGAAGCAUAAGAAUCACAACUGAGUUGUUUUUGUUGGUGUACGGCUGACUAGAAUAUCUAACAUGAUGUGAGCUUUGGCCAUGAAGCUUACAGGCAGAAUGGAGAAACAUAAUGUGUAUAGAGUGAGCAUGUUUGGGAUAGAUGUGAAUAUGUGAUCUGAUGGUUCAUGACUUUGUACUUGUGUGGUAGGUUGGAGUCUGUAAAUUAUGAUUACCCCUUAUCAGAAGUUGACCUAAAAAAAUACUGUUUGCAUAUUGAGUUGUAAUGGGAAGAUGACCUCUCUCUCUUCAACAAUAGAACCAUGACAUGAGAUUAAAUCA